GAGACGACGCCCUCCCUCCGCGCUUCUGAUCCUCUUAUCAGCGAGUGAGCGGCCAAGAUGGAUGUUGUAAACCAGCUGGUGGCCCAAGGGCAGUUCACAGUGAUCAAACAACCGCUGGGGUUCAUCAAGAUUCUACAAUGGAUCUUUGCAAUCUUCGCCUUCUCGACAUGCGGCAGCUACUCUGGCAUGUUCAAGAUGAGCGUGGAGUGCAAAAACCGAUCAGAAAGUGACCUAGGCAUAGAAGUAGAAUUUGAAUACCCGUUCAGGCUCCAUCAGGUUUACUUUGACGCCCCCACCUGUAAGGGAGGAAACCGGGAGCGUCUGUUCCUGGUCGGAGACUACUCCUCUUCAGCCGAGUUCUUCGUCACCAUCGGUGUCUUUUCCUUCCUCUACUCCAUGGCAGCCCUCGCUGUGUACUGUUUCAUACUGGAGAAGUACCGUGAAAACAACAAGGGGGCUCGGAUUGACUUGGGUGUGACGGCAGUGUUUGCCUUCAUGUGGCUGGUGUCAUCGUGCGCUUGGGCUAAAGGUCUGUCAGACGUGAAAACAGCCACUGAUCCAGAGAGAGUCGUCACUCUCAUCGCCUCCUGUGAUGAGCCAGAGAAUCGCUGCCGUGAGAUCUAUGAACCCAAGGUCUCUGGCCUCAACACCUCUGUGGCUUUUGGUUUCAUAAAUCUGAUUCUGUGGCUGGGUAACCUGUGGUUCGUCUUCAAGGAGACCGGCUUAAUGGCUGCUUUCUCUGGAACGUACGUUCCGUCGCAAGAGAAGCAGCCAGCUCCUGAUUCCUUCGGCCAGGGAGGCUAUGGACAGCAGGACCCCUACGCCGGCACCCAGGGGGGCUACCAGCCUGACUAUGGCCAGCAAGGAGGCUACAAUGAAGAUGGAGGUUACAACCAGGGCUAUGACCAGCAGCCCACCUCCUACUCUAAUCAAAUGUGAGCCCGUCCAGCUGAGCCACAGCUGCAGGAUGGGCGACCUUGUGAUUUUGGAGAACGGUUCUCGACCACCGCCUGCAUUUCCACGCUCCUCUGUUUGUCUGUCUGUGUGUCCGUGUGAGUCGACAGGCGGAGGGAGGCGGGGUGUAAACGCUCAUGGGUCAGGGUG